AUGAAAUUGACAGCUGUUAUACUUGCCGGUCUAACCAACCUUGCCGUUGCCUCAGAUCAUCGUGAUCUUAGCGGCGAUGUGUGGGCUUCUUCGUUAACCAAGCGACAGACGUCCUGGGCCAAACGACAGACGACUUGGAAUCCCCCUUCGAACCUUGUCAAGCCCCUCCAAGAGGUAUGGGAUCACGAGUCGUCGACCUACAAUAAUGGGAAUCUCCUAGGAUUUAAGAACUAUGGCUAUGAUAUCAUAAAGGCUUCCGGAGGGAAACUCAACUUCUGCGUCCGUUGGGACUCUAGUGCUACAGUGACCGAGGCCCAACGCACAGCCAUCGCGAGCUCUCUCCAGAAAAACGUCAAGAAAUGGACCGACAAUCUCACUGGGUUCAUGGGUUGGCCAUACGACAAUAUUCCUGUCAAUGUAGUUGGAUGGGCUGCUAAAAACACGAACCUCCUUCAAGGUUCUACCUCCGGCAUCGACGUCUAUACAACGACAGAUUCAGAAGGUGUAGCGGAGUGUGAUCCCCGCUGUGGUCGUAUUUUCCAUCAAGAUAACAACUAUGGCUCCUGUCCGGGAGGAGCUGACCGCCACUAUGACGUGUCUCUUUGGCUCACAGCAGGAAUGGAUGGCGGUGCUGGUGGUGACUGGGGCCAACGUGUUGGGAGCGAGUAUUUCUUGUCUGCUCUCGAUAAUCCGCACAUUUGGCUACAUGAGUUUGGUCACACUAUGGGGCUCGAUGACUUCUACGACUGGACACCUACGGGCCAAACAAACUUCAUCAUGCUCGCUGGAAGCUCUCAGGUUGUUACAGAGUUCGAUAUCUGGAUGAUGAGAGAUUUCUGGCGUCACGUCGCAAACCGGUAG